GAGUGAGAUCUCGUGGCUGCUUCAUUCUGGCAGCAGCAGAAACCGGCGACUGCGGCGUGGAUUAUGAUACGAAGAAGUUACAUUUAACAUAGAGCCACGGAACAUCCCCACUCCACCUCAACACUAUUUCAGCUGUACAUUCAUCUCACUUUGUUAAAUUGCUCAUUAGCCCAUUGUGAAGUUUGAAGACAAGCCCGCAGGAGAAGAUGUCAGUGGUAGGAUUUGACUUGGGCUUUCAAAGCUGCUAUGUGGCUGUAGCCCGGGCUGGAGGCAUCGAGACAGUGGCUAAUGAGUACAGCGACAGAUGUACACCAUCAUUUGUAUCAUUUGGCUCACGAAAUAGAUCUAUUGGAGCUGCAGCAAAGAGCCAGGUGGUAACCAACUGUCAAAAUACAGUGCAGGGCUUCAAGCGCUUCCAUGGCAGGGCUUUCUUGGACCCUUAUGUUCAAUCAACCAAGUCUAACUUGGUGUAUGAACUAGCCCAGGUGCCCUCUGGAUCCACCGGUAUAAAAGUGAUGUACAUGGAGGAGGAGCGGGUGUUCAGUAUCGAGCAGGUGACUGGCAUGUUGCUGACCAAACUGAAAGAGACGGCUGAGAGUGCGCUGAAGAAACCAGUCGUAGACUGUGUCAUCUCUGUCCCGAGCUAUUUCACUGACGUAGAGAGGAGGUCGGUCAUGGACGCAGCUCAGAUCGCUGGACUGAACUGUUUAAGACUGAUGAAUGAGACCACUGCAGUGACUCUCGCAUACGGAAUCUACAAGCAGGAUCUGCCGGCCCCAGAGGAAAAACCCCGGAUCGUGGUUUUCGUAGACAUGGGCCACUCUGGCUACCAGGUGUCCGUUUGUGCCUUCAACAAGGGAAAGCUGAAGAUUCUGGCAACAGCGUUUGAUUCGGAGCUCGGUGGGAAGGACUUCGAUGCCAUCCUGGUCAACCACUUCUGUGAGGAGUUUGCUAAGAAGUACAAGCUGGAUGUGAAGACCAAGCCCCGGGCUUUGGUGCGUCUCUACCAGGAGUGCGAGAAGCUGAAGAAGCUGAUGAGUGCCAACUCCUCUGACCUGCCUCUCAACAUCGAAUGCUUCAUGAAUGACAUUGACGUUUCCAGUCGUCUUAACAGAGGUCAGUUUGAGGAGAUGUGUGCAGGGCUGCUGGCCAAAGUUGAGGGUCCGCUGCGCAACGUCAUGGAACAGGCCAAGCUGAAAAAGGAAGAAGUCUACGCAGUGGAGAUUGUGGGCGGUGCUAGCAGAAUCCCCGCCAUGAAAGAGCGAAUCAGCAAAUUCUUCGGCAAGGAGCUGAGCACCACGCUGAACGCGGAUGAAGCCGUGGCCCGAGGCUGCGCUCUGCAGUGUGCUAUCCUGUCACCAGCUUUUAAAGUAAGAGAGUUCUCCAUCACGGAUGUCGUUCCUUACUCCGUUUCCUUGAAGUGGAAUUCAGCUGCAGAGGACGGACUGAGCGAUUGCGAGGUUUUCCCAAAGAACCAUGCAGCUCCCUUCUCCAAAGUGCUGACUUUCUACCGGAAAGAGCCCUUCACCCUUGACGCCUAUUACAACAACCCCAAGGAGCUGCCCCACCCUAACACCACUAUAGGUCAGUUCCUGAUCAAGAACGUGGUUCCUCAGGCUUCAGGGGAGAGCGUCAAGGUGAAGGUGAAAGUGCGCGUUAACGUUCACGGUGUGUUCAGUGUGUCGAGCGCAUCUCUAGUGGAAAUCCUGAAACCAGCUGAAGGGGAGGAGCCAAUGGAGACGGAGCAGAUGGCCAAGGAGGAUGAGAGCAAAAUGCAAGUGGACCAGGAGGAUCAGAAACUCCCGUCCGGAGACGUUGGAGACAAGAAAACAGAAGCAGAGGAAAUGGAGAUGUCGACGGAGGACCAGAAGCAGGAGAAGAAGAACGACCAUCCUCCCCAGGCCAAGAAGCCCAAAGUGAAAACGAAGACUGUGGAUCUGCCCAUAGAGAACAAGCUGCAGUGGCAGCUGCCCAGCGAGGAACUUAAUAUGUUUGUGGAGAAUGAGGGGAAGAUGAUCAUGCAGGACAAACUGGAGAAAGAGAGAAACGAUGCAAAAAACAACGUAGAAGAGUAUGUUUAUGAAAUGAGGGACAAACUCCACGGAGUCCUGGAGAAGUUUGUGAAUGAAAGUGAUCGCGAUACGUUCUCCUUAAAGCUGGAAGACACAGAGAACUGGUUGUAUGAAGAUGGAGAGGACCAACAGAAACAAGUUUACAUUGACAAACUCUCUGAAUUAAAGAAAAUGGGUCAGCCUAUCCGUGACAGAUGCAUGGAAGCCGUGGAGAGACCAAAAGCUUUUGAGGAGCUCGGUAGACAGAUCCAGCUGUACAUGAAGAUCAUCGAAGCGUACAAGGCAAAGGAUGAGCAGUACGAGCACCUGAAUGAGCUGGAGGUGACGCGGGUGGAUAAGCUGAUCAACGAGGCCAUGGUCUGGAUGAACGGCAAGAUGAACCAACAGAACAGUCAGGACCUCACCCGGGACCCUGUGGUCAAAGUGGGAGAGAUCCAGGCAAAGACUAAGGAGCUUUAUUCCUCCUGCAACCCCGUGCUGUCCAAACCCAAGCCCAAGGCGGAGCCUCCCAAGGAGGAGAAGACGGAGAACGGGCCGGUCAACGGGCAGGAGGGCACGGAGAGCCAGCCGUGCAACCCCAACAAGGCAGAGGAGCAGGAGACGCCGAACAGCAAGCUCCCUGAAAUGGACAUUGACUAACUGUGGCUGUGGCCGAGUCUCCCCCCCGUUUGUUCCACUACCGUUCCCAGUGAGAUUGUUAUUGAUGUCACAGUCGCAGACAGCAGUUUCCCUUAUCAGUUCUACUCCCGAGUCUGCCGCCACGGCACGUCUUCUCUGAUAUUCUUUGAAAGCAAAAACACUGCGUGAUAUUAAUAUAUAAUGGACUAUUCCAUGGUGUAGUAACGUUUCUUUUCUCUCCGUUGCUUUGAUGGUUACUAUGGUCACGAUUGUUAUAUUUAGCGUCUCCUGAGAAACAUUUAACAUAAGAAUAUCCUCUAUGAAGAAUUGUCUGCAAAUUGGCUGUUCAAAAAUAUACACAGGAUUCAUGAAAAUGUACCAGACUGUUUGGAUAUGGCAUAAAUACAGAGGCACUGGUUAGCGGGGGGAGUCGUUUUCACUUGUAAAUGUUAAAUAUUGCUUUUUUUCAUCACAUUUGUAACUCCUGGAUGAUGUAUUUGGUUUAGGAGGAAAAAGUGAGUUUUUGUUGAGUUUACAUUUCAAUUACGGUAUGUCAAAGUUAGAUACGAGUUACUGUUAUGCAGUAUUUCAUUGUUCUGCUUUUGUCAUUCAAAAGAAUUGGUCCGGUUGUUUUCUCUUCUGAUAUCCUUUUUUUUUUUUUUUUUUUUUUUUCUUCUUUUUUUUAAUUAAUUCAUACUUGUGAUUGUUGGUCCAACAAUAUCACCUUUUGGGUGUUUCUGUUGCCACAUCACCAAAAAUGACACAAAAAAAUAAAUCUUAAUUAGA